AUGGCCUCCGCCGUAGCCAAGCGCCUAGAAGGCAAGACCGUGGUGAUCACCGGUGCCUCGUCUGGAAUUGGAUAUUCGACUGCUAAGGAGUUUGCGCGCACUUCGCCCGCGAACCUCAAGAUUGUUGUUACAGCUCGACGGGUCGACAAGCUCGAGCAAUUGGCCAAGGAGAUCAAGGAGGAAGUUGGCGAUGGCGUUAAGGUGUUGCCUGUCGCUUUGGAUGUGUCCAAUCCUCAGCAGGUGAAGGACUUCAUCCCUUCGUUGCCGGCCGAGUUUCAAGAAAUUGAUGUUUUGGUCAACAAUGCUGGUCUCGUCAAGGGUGUUGCACAAGCACCCAAUAUCGACCCGGAAGACAUCAAUGUCAUGAUCGCUACCAACGUUACCGGUUUGAUCAACAUGACCCAGGCGGUCUUGUCCGUCUACAAGAAGAGAGAUCAAGGUGGCCGGGGAGACAUCAUCAACAUAGGAAGUAUUGCUGGCCGUGAACCUUAUUCUGGUGGAAGCAUCUACUGUGCUACCAAGGCUGCAGUGAGAAGUUUUACCGACUCAUUGAGGAAAGAGCUCAUUUCUACUCGCAUCCGAGUGAUUGAGAUUGACCCUGGUCAAGUUGAGACGGAGUUCUCCGUUGUCCGCUUCUACGGCGACAAAGCCAAGGCAGACGCCGUCUAUGCGUAUGAUCUCGUCCUCCUCCUUCCCUGCUUCUUACUGACUAGCAUUAUGUCCAGUGGUGUCGAACCUCUUACCCCAGAAGAUAUUGCCGAAGUUAUUGUCUUUACAGCAGGACGCAGAGAGAAUGUCGUUAUUGCCGACACUCUCAUCUAUCCCAGCCACCAGGGUGGUGCCGGUGCCAUUCACCGCAAGUCUUGA